UUUUAUUUAUUUAUUUAUUUUCUUUCAUUUAGCAUUGUUCUUUUUGCUGUUAUUCUUCUUGUAAUAUUUUUUCUGCAUAUUUCUUGUUCAGAUUUGCAUAUUUUUAGAUGUUACAUAACUAAUAGGCACACAUUAGACCCUAUUUAGACCAGGGGCUGCAUGGACCAGGAUCCAGUGCUCCUAUAAGACAAAAUAAGAUACCUAAGCUAAUAACAUCAAUAGGUUGUUUAAGCAUAUUCAUUCAUUAUCAGUGUGUUGUACAGUCUUGGUAGCUGGUCUCUAUUAUUUAAGUUGAUUAAUAUAUUUCAUCAUGGCUGGCCGAGCUUUGAAGAGAUUAAUGGCAGAAUACAAACAGCUGACACUGAAUCCACCAGAAGGAAUCAUCGCUGGUCCGACAAAUGAAGAGAAUUUUUUUGAGUGGGAAGCUCUAAUUAUGGGGCCAGAAGGCACAUGUUUUGAGUGUGGGGUGUUCCCUGCCAAGCUGGUAUUUCCUACAGACUAUCCGCUGUCUCCUCCUAAGAUGCAGUUUACAUGUGAUAUUUUCCAUCCUAACAUUUACAGUGACGGGCGCGUGUGCAUCAGCAUCCUGCACUCGCCAGGGGAGGACCCGAUGGGUUACGAGUCUAGCGCCGAGCGCUGGAGUCCCGUGCAGAGCGUUGAGAAGAUCCUUCUCUCCGUCAUAUCUAUGCUCGCUGAACCUAACGCGGAGAGCAGCGCUAACGUGGACGCGGCGAAGCUCUGGCGCGACAACCGCGCGCAGUUCGAGCGACAAGCGCGGCGCCUUGUGCGCUCUACCCUCAACCUGCCGCCCUUGUAGCCUCCUGCUCCUGUAACCUCCUGCCCGUGUAGCCUCCUGCUCCUGUAGCCUCCAGCUCCUGUAGCCUCCAGCUCCUGUAGCCUCCAGCUCCUGUAGCCUCAAGCUCCUGUAGCCUCCUGCUCCUGUAGCCUCCUGCC